CGACUUUCUUGCAUGUUUGGAAAUUAGAAGCCACCUUUCUUUCCUUUUCUUUCAGGCUCAUGGAUUUGUCGCCCCAACAAGAUGAUAAUAAUCACCAUUCAUUCUCAAAAUCGCUUGAAAAUUGCGAGGCAAUCAAUAAUGUCACAGGGACAAAGUCCCCCAAGACAAGUUUUCUUGUUUUUGUUGGUGCCUAUGAAUUCUUUUCACCAGAGAUGUGGAGAGCAGUACUCGUGGAGCUAGUAGCAACAGCUUGUCUAUUAUUCACACUAACCAUUUGCAUACUCUCAUGCUUGGAAUCACGUGAGCCUGAACCCAAGCUUCUAGUCCCAUUCGCCGUCUUCAUUAUCGCUUUCUUCUUCCUCUUAGCAACAGUUCCAUUAUCUGGGGGUCACAUGAGCCCAGUUUUCACCUUCAUUGCAGCUCUCAAAGGUGUUAUAACUCUUGUUCGUGCCAUCUUCUACAUCUUGUCUCAAUGUGUAGGUUCAAUAAUGGCUUACAUGGUAAUCAAGAGUGUGAUGAACAAUGCUACAGUAGAGAAGUAUUCAUUGGGUGGCUGCAUGAUUGAUGGAAACGGGGGAGGGAUAGCUCCAGGAACUGCACUGGUGCUGGAAUUUUCUUGCACUUUUGUGGUGUUGUUUGUUGGUGUAACGGUGGCGUUUGACAAGAGAAGGUUCAAGGAGCUAGGCUUAAUAAUGGUCUGUGUGAUAUUGGCUGCAUCCAUGGGACUUGCAAUUUUUGUGUCGAUUACUGUAACUGGGAGAGCUGGGUAUGCUGGUGUGGGGCUGAAUCCUGCGAGAUGCUUAGGUCCAGCACUGUUGCAUGGAGGUUCAUUGUGGCAUGGGCAUUGGGUCUUUUGGGUUGGGCCUUGUUUGGCUUGCACUGUUUAUUAUGUUUACACUUUGACCUUACCAAGGGAUAGGAUGGGAAGUGUAGAUGAAGAUUAGAAAAAGCAGGACUUUUGUUUUCUAAUUUUUUUUUUUCCUGAGAGUUCUUGUUAGGAAAUAAUUAAGCUCUCCCUCAAUCAUGA